AUGAAAUCAAUGUACAUGAAUAUGAACUCAUGUAAAACCAGAAAAGAUAUCGCUAUACAAACAGAUUCAGCAUCAGAAUAUUCUAGUGAAACAGAUGGUUCUGACGAGUCAGAGAUAAAUAAUUAUUCAGGUUGUGAUUCAAAUUUAAUAUCAUCUUCUAAAUUAUCAACAAAUUCUUCUUCUCAAGCUAUACAAUCUACCAUAAUCGAAUUAACUGAUGUAAAUAGUAACAAUAAUAAGGUCAAUGCUUCAUCACAUAAUCUACCUGGCUGUGAUAUUAAUGCUACAUCAUUUCCAUCGGAUACAUCUGGACAAUUAAUGCAAAACUCACAGGUACAAAAGUCGGAUAUAAUUGUAAAAUCUGAUUCUCAACAUGUAUACUUCAACUCAUCAGUCGAUACUCACAAUAGUAUUAAUAAUAAUAACAACAAUAGUAGCACCAUCAACCACAGUAACUUAUCAGAUUGUGAUAAGCGUAAUAGUUCAGCUAGUCUUGACAGUGGACGUGAUUCUACAUACGCUACGGGGAGUGAAGGCAGUAGUGGGGUUCAAUAUCCUCAGCAAUAUUCUUCAGAUGAUGGGUAUAUUCUAUCACCAACUUUACCAUACUGUUAUAAUAGUCAAAUAUCAAGGAAUAACAUUAUCUCAACUCGUAAAAAUAAUCAUAAUUCCAGCAGUUGUACAUCAUUUGAUAAUACCUCCUCAUUACCAGUAGCAACGAUAUUACCAUUUUGUAAUCAUAAUAAUUCGACUAUUUAUAACGUUAGUAAUUGUUGUGUGAAUAAUAGUAGUAAUGCUAGUAGUAGUCAUAGUAGAAAUUCUUCAUGUCAUCAAUUAAAACAAUACCACCAACAACAGUUCAAUAAAGAUGAUACCUUGACAUCACCAACACACAAAUAUAACAAUUAUAGUAGUAUAGAUAAUAAAAUUGUCAAUUCUAUGCUACAAUGUACAGAGCCUUGCGAAUAUUAUCAUAUUCCAUCAUAUCAAUCUACCAGGAAUUGUUGUUCAACUACUAAUCUUAUCAAACCAUUAACAUCACCGUCAUCGCCAACACAACAGCAACAAUCAUUUUUGCCGUCCUAUUCAUCUUGCCAAGAAAGACAUUUUACUGAUUUUGAUGUUUCAAGACCAAAAGUACCAGCAAAUAUAUAUCAUCGAUCACAUAUUCUUUCGAAUAUGCCUACGCAAUCAAUACAUAGUAAUCAAUGCCAACAACAAUCAGUUCAUUCUGUUUUAAUCAAUCCCGAUGAUGAAGCAUUAUUUGCAUGGUUAAGAUCAGUUGGUCUUAGUCGAUUAAGUGGAUGUUUAUCUAAAUCCGGGUUUGAUCUAUGGACAUUGUGUCAUACAACACCGGAAGAAUUGAAUGCUUGCGGAAUUACUAAUCCAUAUGAUCGACAAAUUUUGAGAAACCAACUCGCUACUCUUCAAUUAUCUGAUCCAUUUACAGAAAAAAAACUACCGGCCAGUGUUCAUGAAUGGUUAAUACAGUUACAUUUACAACAAUAUUGGCCUAAAUUUAAUGAUCAAGGUUUAAUAACAUUUGAACAAAUUAUUCGUAUUACAUGGGAUGAUUUAGAAGAGAUUGGCAUUUCCAAAUUAGGUCAUCAAAAGAAACUUCUCACUGCUAUUAAUAAAUUAAAUCGUUUAAUUUUAUCAUCCAAAAUCAAUGGUACCACAAUCGGUUGUUCACUUCAGAAAGAUAUUCAUUUUAUACCAUCAUCUACGUCUUCAUUUAUUCCAAAUGAUACUAGAUCAUCAUCAUUAGUAUUAAAUUAUGAUUAUUUAACAAAAUUACCACAAUAUCAAUCGAAUCAUAAUGAUGUUAAUAAAACAAAUGAAAUAAAAAACAAGGAAUAUUGUCAACAGCAUUUAAAAGUUUCAGAAAUUGGGAUACAAGUUGAAGAAAGUCAAACAAAAUCACAUACUUCACCGUCAUCACCUUGCUCUUCUUCCAAUUCAACAACCUCAGAUUUAUCAUCAAAUGAUUCACGAUAUUCCCUUCCUCCGCCAGUUGAUUUUCAAGACUCACCACCUAAAUCAUCGUCAUCUACUUUUCCAACUAUUUCAUUAAUUCAUGAUUCAGAACAUUCAAAUUCUAAUUUACAACAGUCUAAUUCUUCUUGUAUAAUAAAUGAACAAUUAAGAUCUAAUCUUUCAUCAUGUACUACUAUAGUUAAUAACAAUGUUCAAUCUUCUCAUUCAUUGUGUAAUAUUCAUAAUCCCAUAAAUAUGGAUAACACAUUAUUAAACAAAAAUUCAACAUCUGUACGCUUUAGUAAUUCUGAGUAUCAUAAAGAAGAACAAUUGAAUAAAGUUGGACAAUCGAAGAUAUUUCAAAGGCGUUCUUCCAAUCCUACAUUAUAUUCACUGAAACCUAAUGAUCCUGUACAAAAUACUAGCGAUUUAUCAAAAUGGUCCUCAGGUCUUUUAACAACGCCACAACUACGACUUCCAAUCAAUGUCAAUUCUAAUUCUGAUCCAGAUUUGGAAGCUAUGCACAAUAUACAAGUUAUGCUUGAUCAAAUCAGUGAACGCCUUAUCUUAACUAAUAAAUAA